AGACUUCACAAACACGACGACAUCUAUACAGAAACAUCACACACAGAAACAGACUCUGGAUAAAUAAUGGCGGAGAAUACAACACCUGAAGAGAACCAGACUGAAAUUAAAAUCAUGAGGAAAAAGCCUCCCCGGCGUGCUGUACACUCUUACAAGACUGGCAACAGACCUACCUUCAAUGAGUACCAGCUUCGCCGGCGUGCUGUACACUCUUACAAGACUGGUGGCAGACCUACCUUCAAUGAGUACCAGUUCCGUUAUGAUCGGCCGCAGAGUCUGUUGGAGAGCAGGAAUAUUCUUCAGAGACUGUCAGAGAAGCCUCUGUCAUUUGUUGGACAAUCUGAAUAUCGGAUCACACCUAUCUUCAGAGAGCACCAGAUCCGUUAUAAGCAGCCACAGAGUCUGUUGGAGAGCUUGCAUGUGUGUCAGAGAUUGGCAGAUGAGGUCAAAAACAUCAGACAGCCUCAGUGGUGUUUUCGACAACCUGAACGUCAGAUCACACCUACCUUCCAGCACCAGCCUCGGUGGUCUGUUAGUCAGUCUGGAUUGUGGAUCACACCGAACUUCAGAACGCACCAGGCUCACAGAAUAUCUGACCUGAAUCUGCUGGAUCCCCGAGAACCCAGAAAGUCCAUGAUGCCAUCCAUUCUUCCUCUGCAGGAGUAUGCGCCCUGGGCUCGGAUGAAUGCUGGGACUGCCUUCAGUCUCGUCUCAGUCUGUGCUUAGAAAUAAAAGAAAAAGAAUCAACAACCACCAAAACAUUAGUUACUCUCAAAGAAUAGUGUUUUCACUGUGCAUGUGUAUCCGUUCCUUUCCUCACGUCACCACCACUGCCAUGUCCCGUUAUUAGCAAACCCUUCAUCCCUCCUGAAAUCAUCCCAGGCUCCUCUACCUUUGGCUCUGCCUUCAACAGGAAGCUGUUCUCCCAUGACCCCAUAAACUGCAGCAAACACCCUUACUCUUUUGUCAGAUAUUCAGUGGUCAUUUUAGCAGACCCUGCAGUUCCGUGCCUGCCUACAAUGACUCUGCUGUUUAUUAAAACUGGGUUAUAUCCAUCAUUUCAAACUCUUCUGGAAUCAUUCAUCUGCUUUUAACAGUGACUGAAAAUACAAUACUCAUCAUAAUACAGAGGCCACAAUAGGAUACAUAUCACAAUACAGAGGCUUCUGUUCAAUACGUAUAACAAUAACAGAGGCCAUGAUGCAGGACAUACAGAUAACUAUUUAAUCGCGAUACACAUUUAAUUGGGGUCAUGAUGUAAUAAACGUCCUACAACAAACUCCAGCUGCUUGUCAUUAUUGUAAACUUUAAACAUAUACAUUAAGAUCCUCAAAACUCCAGGUAAACUAAAAAAUCCCUUUAUAAUCUCUUAGCUAUUCAUUAAUUCAAAUAAAGUUAUAUUCCCCUUUGUAAACCUAAACUGAUCCUCUGUUGUCUCUCUCUUUCUGUUAUUUUUCAUACUUUAUAAAAACUUUAACCUUGAUUUAAAAAAAAAAAAAAAAAACAUAUCAGUGAAUCAUUUUUAUGGAGAGGAAACUCACACCCAGAGAUCAGGGAACAAACUGAUACUGAUCUGUUAUCUUGGAGGAAAAAUAUUUAAAAAUGAUGGCAACUGGACGGUUUCUGUGCUCAGUAAAAACAGAUUUGUUCUGUUUGAUCUGAUGGAGGUUGUCUGUGUUCUCUCUGAUGAAAAGCAUGUUCAUGUCAAUCAAUGAGUUAAUGUCAUUAAUUAUUAUUUUUAAUCACUUCUUAAUGAUUGCACUUUGCCACCUUGACAAUAAAUGGUAUAAAUCACUGUU